AAGGCCCCAUGCACCGAAAUUGUGUUCAUUCCCACCAAAACGGGGGACAACCUCACGGAUUUUAGCAGUCCCCCUGGUGAAGUCUAUCAGGAUAUCCUUGAUGCUAUCACAGAGCAUGGGAAACCCCAGAGACUGUACUGGGGCCGCUAAGUCGAGGAUCCUACCAUGUACUACUAUAUCCUCGAUUGGCACGACCUUGGCGCGCAUAGGGAACUCCAGAAAUGGGAGUAUGUGAUUGCGUUGGAAAUGACCGGAAGACCAUUCCACUAUCACGCCAACCUGGAGCCACAUCCGCCUACAGCCGUAUACUGCGAGGCCACUGGGUUGCUCCAGCUCUAUUUCCCGCUAGACUAUUCGAAAGUACUCAGUAGACCAGAAGGCUCUUCAUGAGAAUUUGGUCUGGCUGGGGCAGAUAAUCAAGGCCAUGUGGCCUGGGUGUAGGGGUGCAUCGAGCGGCAGGGUACUGGAGGAACUCGAUGUUCCCGGCGGUUUUAAAAAGGCGAAGGUGUAUGUCAUGAUGAUCGGCUGGGAGAGCGUCGAUUCGCAUACUAGGUAUCGUGAUUCCAAGACAUUUGGCAUGACCGCCCACCACAUUUUAAAGGCGACGGAUCUUGUCACUUUCGAGAUGUUGCCCUUUGAGACAAACAGUUUG